AUCAUGUGCUCAUGUUGUUUGGGGGAGUGAAAUGUGAGGGUGGUUUGCAUGGUGGCGGCGGCGGGCCCAAUCUGGAUAACGUAACGCUCCGUCGAGCCCGUUCCCUUGGCUUUUGGUAGUUGAGGCAGCCACUCCCGACUCCCGAGCCAGUCCCCGCGCGGUCGCCGUGGCCACUCCGGCUGCGCCGGCCCGAGCCGGCGGUCGCAUGUCCAGCUCGGCGCCGCGACGCAGCAGCCUCUUCCGCGUGAGCUGCCGGUAUCGCCCACGCGUGACCGCGUCGGGUCCCGCGGCCACGAGGAGCGGCGCCGCCCGCGGUCGCGCGCGCCUCUCCAGCCGCGACCCCGCCGACGCCGAAACCGACGCGGACGCGGGGCGAGUCCUCAAGGAUGACUCGAGCUACCUGUGGACAUUGGGCCUUGGAUCCGUUGGUGGCGCUGCGGUCAUAAAGUACGGAAGCAUCCUGCUCCCUGACAUCACAAGGCCAAACAUUGUGCUAGCUCUGCUCAUGGUGUCCCUGCCUGUCGUAGCUGCAGUCUUGAUUUUGUUCAAGGCGAGCUCGUCGGACGACUGAUUCGAGGACUCCUUGUCGAAACUUAAGACAGUUUAAUAAAACUUCUUUAAGAUUUCCGGCAUCUUGUAAGAUGAAUUACCAGUCUGGUUUUUUCUAGGUCUUUGCUGUGGCUAAACCUGCUCUUUGUUUAGUUGCAAAGUUCAAAAUUCCAA